GGUGGAAACAGGUUGCGCUCGUCGUCCCACACGAUGAACAGCUAUGGUUCACUGACGGGGAGAGCGGCAUCGACAACAUCAAGCUUUAAUCUACCACGUCUCCUCAUCGCUCUUUCUCUUUCUCUAUACUACUCAGGUUUAACACUUGCCCAGCCGGCUACACUCCAAUUCUACGACUGUUUCACAGGCAAUGCUUCUCAGAAACUGAGUGUCGACACGGUCUAUGCCCAGUAUCUUCCCAAUGAGGUCCUCAACAUUACGGUGCUGGGCCAAGCCAGCCAACAAAUCCUUGGGACCGCAAAUACAACUAGCCUCUCGACACUCUUCACAGAGUCAACAACGCUGACUUUCAAUAGCUACAGCAACAAUUCUUAUCUCUGUUCAUCUAUUCGCCCUCCCUCGCCCCUUCCUUCUCUCAGCCCAAACGAAACCACAUACUGUCCAAUUCCUGCAGGCCCCUUCGCUUUUUCCACCAUUAUCCCCUCCUCUCUUAAGUAUGCGCUCACUACCCUCAACACUGAACUCCGCGCUGUAGACCCGUUUGGUGUCGAAAUACUGUGCCUGGACGUAUCCACCACUGUUCUAGAACCAGGUCCGCUGGGUUCACCGUACGGUCGUGCCCAUAUCAUCUUUUGGGCGACCGUCGGAUUGGCCAUCGCCUAUUGGCUGGUCGUGGGUAUCGCCCGUAUCGUUUCGGCAUGGAAUCGUGGCAUUAGUCGGCCAGGGCCUGGCGUCUGGCACAGGGUAGAAAGCGCUGGGUUUAUCCUUGCCAGUGCCAUCAGUGGUGAACGUCUGGCGACUUCUCCGGCUCUCAUGAGAUUUUGUUCACCAUCUAUGCGGGACAUUAUCUUCCACACCCAAUGGUGUGCAGCUCUAUCGAUGAUCGCUGUACAGUGGCCUCCUUUUGUUUAUCCGCUCCUAGCACAAACAGGUUGGGCGGCCCUGUCGUACAACAUCACUCUGACCCAAGGAAAUGGAGCAAAUGAUCAUUGGAGUCCUCUGGCUGUGCAACCUUACUCACCGCCUUCAGACUUUGCUGAUCAGCUCAACGAUUCUACGUCUCCCAUUUACAUCGAUCCCUCAGUUCCCAACAGUCUCUUUCUCCUCCCCCCUAACACCAAUCCUGGUAUAGAAUCAUACGCUUACUCUGUCGGUCUUCGUCCGCAGGAUCUAUUUGGCAUAUGCGUUGGACUUUUCUUGGCUAUUGUAGCUGGGACGAUUGUAAUUAGCUUCGCCGUCUGGAUGAUAGACUGGGCCUUUUCUUCCCCACCACCAAAUUCAAACACCGGGUUGCCAGCGAAAUUAGGUGGGACGCGCAGCCCGCGACUAUCAGCUGGUAGCAAGGAUAUGCUGGAAAAUGCCGUAGGAGGGAUAGUUCUAGGCUCGCCUGAUGAAAAUCGUUCAUUGAAUGGUCAUUAUAUGCUUCGUUCUGCACCGCGUUUCCCUGGUCCCCGGGUUGGACGGUGGAAGCUCCCUCGGCCAGACAUCAGCUCAUUCCAUUUUAGUGUGCUCCUGGGUAAUCUUGUGCGCAUACUCGUUCUAUUCCAUCUUCCUGUAACUAUCUUUUCCUCGUAUCAAUUGGCACUGGGUGCAAGACAGGAGAUAAGUACGGCGUCUGUGGCUCUCGCUGCUCUAUCGUUCGCUAUAUUAUCCGUUUUGCUUCCGGUGUUCCUUCUAAUCCGACUGAUGCGAACUACGACGAACAAACUUUACGAUGAAACACGAACUCUCCUCGUUCUUGGGCCGUUAUACAACCAUUAUCGACACGGAUCGCAACUCUUUGCGUGUCUCCUGUUCUGCACGAACCUGAUCUUUGGUGUCACUAUCGGUGCUGGGCAGGGGAGUGGAACAACCCAAGCCGUCAUUAUUCUUGUGGUGGAGGUCGUCUCAGCAUUGGUCACCAGUGUAUGGUUACCGUGGGGCGCGGGUGCAAGUAUGGGUUUGAUUAGCUUCCUGUUUUGUGUAGCGAGGAUCGUUAUCGCUGUCUUAUUGGUCAUUUUAACCCCUACUAUUUCUAUCGGUGAUGGCGCCGGCGGCUGGGUCGCCUAUGGUAUUCUCUGCGUCCUUUGCCUUGUUUAUCUGGCCUUCUUCCUCAUGCUAGUCGUAAAACUUAUCGAGGCCGCCGUACGUAUCGCGGGGAGAAUCGGGUUCGACCGUAGCAAACACGCUGUUGACUCGGGGCUUAUUGGAGCUUGUGGCUUGAUGGGCUGUUGCGGUCCUCGUAAACAUCACCGAAGUCGACCUCGUCACCCUUACAAAUCAACGACGGAUUCAUACCGACCCACCGAGCCUUCCCUAUCAUCCUAUUCCCCGCCUACAGCUAACUUUGCGCAGAAAGAAUCCUCAGCCUCGCAUCACUCUCAUCAUUCUGGUCCACCUUCUGUACUCAGACCUGAGCACGCGUUAAGACCAUACAAAGAAGAUAGUGACGAUGAAGGUGGUUUCAUCAUGGGAGCUUGGCAGCCAUUCCCACGACCAGGUUAUGCAGCCAUUGACGAAGCACGCACGUCGAUCUCAGCACCACCCACACCGCCAGCAUCUGGAUUCUCACGUGUUGGGGGAGGUAGGGCGCACUACGAUAGCCCAUAUGCGAUUGCGUCUGGCUCGACAUUAACGUUCCCGUCUGUGGAGCGGAACAGUGGAUCUGCUUCAGGACGUGCCGUCCCCCCCAUGUUUGAUGAGGGUGAAGAAAAUGUGUUAACGCAACCUUCUGCCAGCGUAGCAAGCGUGCAGAUACGGAUGCAGUCAUUACCCCACGGUGCGAUGAUCCCGCAUGUGAGGACAAAGUCGCAGACAGCUAUCAUCGAGAACGCCGGGAUUCCUACGCCGUCGAGCGCAGUAGUUAUGAAUGGAAGUCCAGGAAAGGUCCCCAGUGAUCCGUCUAUUCCAGAAAAUGUGGACACUGGAAGUGCUUCAAAGAAAAGGCAUUGGUUCAACAUACGGAGGAAUAGGAGACAUAGCGAAGGCGAUAUUCUUGACACACAAGAUGAGGAGACAGGAUCUAGUACUCCACCUCCCCCUAAGGAGACCGGACGGUCCUUCGUCGUAAUAAGAGACCGGAAGCCGCAAUCAUCAUCUCAGCCAGAUCAACCAACACAACAGAUACAACAAGUAGCCGAAGCAGCUGGGAUUGCCACAGGAUCUACAUCACCCACAGAGAGACCAAAAUCGUUUGUAGUUUUGCGGGGUAAGGAUUCUUAAUUUCUUUUGCGGCCUGCGCUGUUAGCGGUGCACGCCCAUAAUGAUGUAGAUAUGUCGUGACCAUCUCGCAUGUGUUCUUUUUGUUUCGCAUCCGCCAUUUAUUACCAAGGGACCUCUUACACUACUUCUGGCAUGUAUAGUUAGUGCACUUUCAAUGCUCUGGACUGUUCAGCGUUCGCUUAAAUGCCUAAACUGAUUUUGUAUUUGAUGUUUUAUCUAUCAUGAACGAUUGCUUUCCCCUU